CGUAGGUGCCAACAUCAUCCCCUAUCUGCCUAAUUACAUACCAUUGUUACCUAUAAUACUACAUAGUACUAGGUAGUUAGCUUUCUAGCGACAAUUAUCCUACCUAGUUGCGCCAGUCGUUUCCGCCAAUCCCGAAAAUUGCAUUACCAUGGUCCGCCAAAGGGGUCAGGGGAAGUCGAGGCCCGCCAAGAAAGACGGCGGUCCUCCGGCACCCUUCAAACGCCCUCCGGAGGUCCUACAGCCGCUCCUCGAGACCCUGGAUGAAAAGCACGUGUACAUCACGCACAUCGACACUCAGCCCGCGGAUUUCAAGCGCAAGAUCUUCGCCGUACCCGUGCUUAUGAACGUAGGGCUAGUCGCGUUAUUCGCGUACCGCGUGUACUACAUCCUACCGUACUAUCUGCAGAUCCUCGCGUCCGUGCUAGGCUACCCCAACGAGACUACCAUGGUCGUCGACGAGAUGGAGUGGGCCGAGAUCGUGCCCGAGGUUGCGAAACGGACCUUCUCCUUCUUCCUGGACUUCCUGCUCUACGUCUUCAUCGGGCCCUGGCCCAUCAACUUCUUCUUCGCCCAAGAGGACGGCAACCCCGUCAUAUGGCGGUGGAGCGUCGGGUUCCGGGACCGCGAGAUUGUCGUGCGCCGGAGCGGCAAGUGGGACGAGACGAAAGGGGACGUCGUCAACGACGCCAGCGCGAAGAGCUUGUUCAUGUCGCGGGUCGGCGCGGCGACGUCGCCUAUGUUGCUUAACGAAAAGACGGGCUACCUCCUCAUGAACGCCGACUGGGGCCUGGACUGGGCGGCCAUGGUCGACGCUACCACCAUGGUAGAUAAUAAGAUGGCUGCUAUCGAAGCUUUCAAGACCGUGGUCCUGGUACACCAUGAGGAGCACGGGUGGCUUAGCGUCGACAUGAAGGUCAGCGAGAACGCGGAGGAAGAUGACAGGCGACGACAGGUAUUCGCCUUCAGAGACGCGCUUGCCGCCGUCAACAAGGAGGAUCUGUUCUAUCGCUGGAUCGAAAUCAUCCAGUACGAAUCAACGCAGCCCGGUGGGUUUGGCCCCGAGAAGCAAGAACAAGUUGCGAAACAGAUUAGGGAAAUGUUCGAGAAGCAAGGUAUCAACUUUGACGAAUUCUGGAAAGAAAGCGUAGGACAGGAUGUACCAAAUAAUCCACCGGUGUAAUUAAGGUUGGGGGUAAUUAAAAGGGAGGACAUGCAGAGGGAAAAAAGAAAAUCGAUUUGGGUUAUGUGUGAAUCGAACCCGCUCUGUUAAAAAACAAAACGAGAUUACCGCAUGUUGCAAUGGGAUCAUUUCGCGCUGUAGAGCCGCAACCAUAUAAUUCAGGUGGAUGUCCACAGCACACCACUUUCCCAUUACACCAUUUGGUAAUCUCUGCAGGUUGGACAUUUAAUUAUACCUAUAACCUCUUUGCAGGUUGUCAGGUGUCAAGUGUCAGGUUGUCGGGGCGACCAUCACUCAUAACCGUGCCUCCAAAUAUAGACUCAUAGACUUGUAGACCUACUAUAGACUACAUACAUUAUUUCUACUACAUACGAAUACGUAUUUUAUGACCAUUGUGAGCAGCUCACCCUCAUUCACAAGCUAGGCGAUCUGAU